AAGGUGAAGGACAUCGUGGAGGUGAACUGCACCGGGCGGGAUCUCGGCGCGGUGCCCGCCGGCCUGCCCGAGGACACGGGCAUCCUGCUGCUCAACGCCAACCGCCUGCCGUCCGUCUCCACCGCCGCCUUCCAGCCGCUGCCCGCCCUGCAGGACCUCGACCUGUCCGACAACGGCCUGCGGGCCGUGCACGCCGAGGCCCCGCUGCCCAGCCUGAAGGAGCUGCUGCUGUCCCGCAACGCGCUGGAGGCUCUGCCCGCCCUGCGAGGCCUGCCCGCGCUCAGCCGCCUGGCCCUGGCUCACAACAAGCUGCACGCUCUGGCCCCCGCGGCCUUCCGCGCCGUGCCGCAGCUGCAGGACCUGGACCUGCGGGGCAACGCGCUGCGGACGCUCCCCGAGGACGCCUUCGCGGGUCUGCGGGCGCUGAAGGACUUGGAUCUGUCGGACAACGCCUUGGAGGAGCUCCCCGCCGGGCUGCUGCGGGACCUGGAGAAGCUGGAGACGCUGUGGCUGUCGGGGAACCGGCUCCGCGCCCUGCCCUCCGGCUUCUUCCCCGAGGGGCACCUCUUCGCCUACGUCUUCCUCACCGACAACCCCUGGCACUGCGACUGCAGCCUGGUCUACCUGCGCUCGUGGAUCCUGAGCAACGAGGGCAGUGUCUACGAGCCCGAGCGCGGCCUGGGGAAGACGAAG